UCCCAUCUCUGUCCUCUUUUUACACCACACAGCAUACACACUGCUGUAUCCCUUCAUUAUGUUCUCACUUAACCCCUUUUCCAGCUUUAAUUCCUUCUUUUUUAGUUUUAAUUCCUUCCUUGACACUUUCACGCGUUCACGCCUCACACAGAGAUCCACAAUUAAUAAAGAGUGAGAUCACAGGAAAUAUAUAUGUCGAUAUAGCAUCCUUAUUUCGUCACUGAUCUAAACAUGUAAUACCGAGCACACGGACAAUUUCUAUUCCAGAGCUCUUUAGUCAUUGUCAUCUCCACACCACAUUCUGGGUGUUUCAGAAAUCAAGAAAACAAAAACGUAGAUACAUAUAGCCGUGACUGAUACACACAGACACACGCAUAUCAAGCUUUGAAGCACCAAGUGUGAUGGUGGUGGUGGUGGUGGUUGUGGUGCGGGUGGUGGUGAGCGUUUUCCUUGUCGAUGAUGCCUUGGACGGUGCGGAACUGCUCCACGUGGCAGGGAAUAGUGAUAGGACCUUUCUGAUCGAAGCCAUAUUCUUCUUCGGCCUGCUUCAGGAGCUGCAGGAAGAGAGGGUGGUUGAUGUAGAUCACCGGAAUCACGAACCUCUGCUGCUCCUCUCCUUGACCCACCAGUAUCGCGAGACAACCUUUCGGAAUAUCCUUCAGAUCACCAUCCUUCUUCUCCUGGUGGUGCAGAAAGUGGAUGUGAGGAAGAUGGAGAUGAAAAUUAAUCACGUGGUGGUGGCUAUGGUGCUUCUGAUUACUGUUACUGUCUCCACUGGAGACGAACCCCAUGUCGAGGAAAACCCUAGAAAGUGGUUGAACCAGAGAUGGAGAAAGAGGAAAGGGCUAUGAGAAGGAAGG